GCAAGCGACUCUUGUAGCGUAGGCAAAUCACCUGCGACUCCGCCCACGGUUUUACGGUGUUCUCCACCUAUAACAGUCUCCAUUCAUUGACUUCGAUCCCAGCGCCUUAGAGCCCUAAAACCCUGAAUCCGAUGUCGGUCUCAUAUUCGUCUUUCUCGGCACCCUUCUCCGAAUCCUCAGUCGGAAAACCGUUUCCCGCCUGCCCAAACAGUCGCACACUCUCAGUACCAUCAGCCGCCAUUUCUCGUUAUCCGGUUGCAAGAAACAAUUUUCCUGCAGUGGCAGAUGGUCGUCUUGUGCUCCAUGGAAGUGCUGGCAAUUUUUGCAGAAGGAUUUGCGGCUUAAAACUGUGUAUACUUGAGAGUCUAAACCUGCGGCAUCAAAAUAGGAGAUGCCGGCCGACAAGUGAGUUUAAUAGUUUCAAAAAUCAACAUAAAGAUCAGUCAGCAGAUCACUUCGGAACCAAUUCAUCAAAUGAAGGACAAGCUUCUGGAGGAACAUCAGCAAUAGAUCUGUCAAAUGAUUCCACUGACGAAACAACAAGAACAACUUCACCACCUGGACAGAGUUCAUUACCUAAUCUUCAUCCUGAUGUUUCUACAGAAGUGGCCACUUCCAUGGAAUCUCCUUCAUCCUUGCUGCAAGCACAUUCCUCCAAGUUUUCUGUUCAGAGUGAUGGAGCCCCAUCACUUUGCAUUGCUGUCAUAGGAGCUACCGGUGAGCUGGCAAGGAAGAAGAUCUUUCCAGCAUUAUUUGCUCUAUAUUAUAGUGGCUUUCUUCCUGAGAAUGUAGGUAUUUUUGGUUAUUCAAGAAAGGAUUUGACAGAUGAAGGCCUGAGAUCGAUUAUAGCUGCAACAUUGACUUGCCGUGUCGAUCAUCAAUCAAACUGUGGAGACAAAAUGCAUGCUUUCCUCAAUAGAACAUACUACCUUAAUGGAGGUUAUGACAACAAAGUAGGGAUGGCUAAGCUCAAUGCCUGGAUGGAAAUGAUUGAGGGGGAAUCUGUGGCAAACAGGAUAUUUUACCUUUCCGUGCCACACGAAGCACUUCUAGAUGUCUCAUCCUCUCUUGCUGAUCAUGCCCAAACCAGAAAGGGCUGGAAUCGUAUAAUAAUUGAGAAACCGUUUGGCUUUGAUGCUCUAUCUUCUCAUCAACUGACACGGUCUCUUCUUUCCAAGUUUGAGGAGAAGCAAAUAUAUAGGAUAGAUCAUCUAUUGGGAAGGAACAUUAUUGAAAACCUCACUGUUCUAAGGUUCUCUAAUCUAGUUUUUGAGCCAUUGUGGAGUCGAAAAUACAUACGCAAUGUACAGAUUAUUUUAUCAGAAGACUUGGGUAUGCAGAUUGGAAGGUAUUUUGAUGGUUAUGGGAUCAUCCGUGACAUAGUACACAGCCACAUACUCCAGACAAUUGCAUUGCUUGCCAUGGAACCGCCUAUUAGUCUUGAUGGUGAAGAUAUUCGAAAUGAAAAGGUCAAGGUUCUUAGAUCAAUCCGGAAAUUGGAACUUAGCAAUGUCAUUCUUGGCCAGUUUAAAGCUAGUUCUGAAGACCAUGUUGAUGUCUAUUUGAACAAUCUUACUCCCACAUUCUUUGCUGCUGCUUUGUACAUUGACAAUGCACGCUGGGAUGGCGUGCCUUUCUUGAUAAAAGCUGGCAUGGGACUCAUCCAACACAGAGUGGAGAUCCGCAUACAGUUUCAUAAUGUUCCUGGAAAUGUUUAUCGAGAACGUAUUGGGCAUAAUAUUGACCUUGCCACUAAUGAGCUGAUUCUACGUGAUGCGCCCGAUGAAGCCAUACUUGUGAAAGUCAACAACAAGAUUCCAGGAUUAGGGUUGCAGCUGGAUGCUUCAGAGCUGAAUCUGCUCUACAAGGACAAGUACAAUGUGGAAGUACCUGAUUCAUAUGAGCAUCUUCUUCUCGAUGUCAUUGAUGGAGACAAUCAUCUCUUUAUGAGAAGUGAUGAGCUUGCAGCUGCAUGGAAUAUCCUAACCCCGAUUCUACAUGAAAUGGACAAGAACAAUAUAGCACCAGAGCUGUAUGAAUUGGGGGGUAGAGGACCAGUUGGAGCCUAUUAUCUUUGUGCAAAACAUGGGGUUCGGUGGGCAGAUGAGUGACAAGCAAGGCUUCUCAUCUCAAAGCUUACUGUUGAUGAAAAACCAGGUACAUGAUCUUUUGAUAAAGCUACCAAUCAGUCCCCUAGAUGGGCUGAAAUAAACGAAACUCAUACACCUCUUCAUGUACAAUGUCUUUAUGGCAUUUCUUCCUCUCCCAUACUGCAUAGUAUCCUUACCAGAUCAUCUCCUUCAAUGUGACAUGACAUUAGAGUAGGCCCCAAAGGCUCUGCAGCAAAUGCUACACAGUUGACUUGCCUGCUCUAUGUCAUGGCUGCACAGCAAUGCCAGGCUUGUAGCUGAUGUCUUCACUUGUGUAGAUGUUAAGGAAUAUUUUACUAGGGUCUUGAUAUGUGAAGAAGUUACCAUUCCCUAACAAAGUAGUUUAGUUAUUUAUGUGAUAGCUUGUUAGCAGGCACCUUGUGUUAGUGCCUAAGGAUGAGGAAGAGUCUCUUUGGAAUACUAGUAUUGCCCUUUGAAAUUCAAUUCAAACUUCCAACAAAA